AUUUCCCACUUUUUCCCUCUCUCUCUCUCAUGGCUUCUUCCUCUCCUCACUCUCGUGGUGGACUGUACUGACAGAAAUGUGGACAAUCUUCUUCCUCUCUCUCGUCCUCUCGCUCCAGCCUGGCUCAGCCGAGGAAGUGAUGCUGCUGGACACCACUGAGUCCACUUCCGAACUUGGCUGGACAACUUAUCCGGACAAUGGGUGGGAUGAAGUGAGUGUGCUGGACGAUAAGGGGCGACUCAUCCGGACCUUUGAAGUGUGCAACGUCAAUCAGAACACCCGUGUGCAGGACAACUGGCUGGCCACGCCCUUCCUGCUCCGCCAGGACGCCCCACGGAUCUUUGUCACGUUGCGUUUUUCUGUCCGUGACUGCUCCAGUCUGCGCUCGCCCUCUCCGGCCUGCCGCGAGACGCUGACGCUGUACUAUAAACAGGCCGACUCCCAGAGAGAGCUGGAGAGGACCUGGGCUGCUGAGCCUUCCAGUGGUGAGACCAGAGAGGGAUGGGUGAAAGUAGACACCAUCGCAGCUGAUAAGAGCUUCAGCCGUGUGGAACCGAGUCUUCCUCACCAGUACAAACCGGACCGAAUGCGCCGCAUCAACGUCAAGACCCGCAGCUUCGCCCCCCUGACGCGCCGCGGGUUUGUACUUGCUAUAGUAGACAGCGGAGCAUGUGUGUCACUAAUGGGCGUGUCCAUAUUUUACCGCCGCUGUGCAGCCACUAGUCGUUUCCUGGCCUCCUACCCAGCCACGCCUUCAGGGGCGGAGCCGACAGCCCUGGUGCCUGUUGGUGGGACUUGUGUUCCUCACAGCCACUCACAAGGCGGGACGGCACCCCGGAUGCACUGUAACGCAGAGGGUGAUUGGAUGGUUCCUGUAGGAGGGUGCAUGUGUGAUGCGGGAUAUGAGCCCAAUCAGAACGGCUCCGCCUGUCUAGCCUGUCCGACGGGCUUCUAUAAGGCCGUCGCGGGUUCGGUCCCUUGCUCAGAGUGCCCAGCUAACAGCAGGACUGGCUUAGAGGCUUCGCAAGUGUGCGAGUGCCGCAGUGGGUUUUACCGAGCGCCUACUGAUGCUAACAACACCGCCUGCACAGCCCCACCCUCUGCCCCAGUAUCUCUGACCUGGGAGUACGAGAGCACAGAGGGGGGCGUGUCUCUGCGCUGGAGGCCCCCACUGAACAUGGGCGGGCGGAGUGAAGUUUGGUACAGCGUGGUGUGCCGAAUCUGCCCCUCUGCCACAAGCACACCCCCCAAUGCCUGCUCCUGGUGCGGCGAGACCGUCACAUACACACCGUCCCAAACCGGCCUGAGGCAGAGCAAAGUCACCCUCAACAACCUGCUCACCCGAGUCACCUACCUUAUACAGGUUCAAGCAAUGAACGACGUUUCUGGCCUCAGUCCCUUCCCACCGCAGUUUGCUAGUAUCAACUUCACCACCAGCCAAUCAGUACCCUCUGAGGUUCCUAUGCUGCAUCAGUUGAACAGAGCUCCGGACUCUAUCACUCUGUCCUGGCCUCAACCUGACCGGCCCAACGGAGACAUCCUGGAGUACCAGCUCCGAUACUACGACAAGGGCUCUGAUGAGAGCAGCGCAAUGAGCGUAUUCAGUGAGACCAACACAGUGACGGUGCCCACUCUGAUCCCGGGCUCCAUCUACGCCUUCCAGAUCCGUGCCCGCAAUGAGAGGGGCUUCGGCCCGUACAGCCACACCACCUACUUCAGCACUCUGGCUAUGGAGGAGCAGUCGAGGAGACUUCAGAACCGCCUGCCUCUGCUGGUUGGCUCUGUGAUGGGCGGGGCUGCGUUCCUGUUAGUGGUGGCAGCCAUCGUCAUCGUGUUUGUCUUCAGGAGUAAAAGGAGAGAAAGCCAUUACAGUGACAGACUCCAGAGGUAUAUUAGCAACCGAGCCGGAGUGAAGUAUUACGUGGACCCUUCCACCUACGAAGACCCGAGCGAGGCGGUCAAGGAAUUCGCUCGAGAAAUCGACCCCGCUCACCUGAAGAUCGAGGAGGUCAUUGGUGCUGCUCAGUUCGGGGAGGUGUCCCGUGGUCGUUAUCGUCCUCUGGGUCGUAAGGAGGUGUUGGUGGCAGUUAAGACUCUGCGCUGGGGAGUGACGGAGAGAGAAAGGGGGGUAUUCCUCAGCGAAGCUGGGGUCCUGGGGCAGUUCGACCACCCAAACGUGCUGAAGCUCGAGGGGGUGAUCACGCACACCCCGCCUGAGCGCAUCAUCACUGAGUUUAUGGAGAACGGCCCCCUGGACGCCUUCCUCAGGGAAAAUGAGGAUCAGUUCAGCGUUCUGCAGUUGGUGGGGAUGGUGAGGGGAGUCGGAGCAGGGAUGCGGUACCUUUCCGAGAGAAACUUCGUUCACCGAGACCUGGCGGCCCGGAACGUUCUGGUGAACUCCAACCUGGUCUGCAAAGUCUCGGACUUUGGCCUGUCGCGUCUCAUGAAGGGCCUGGACCAUAACAUGCCCACCUAUACCGCUUCACUGGGCAGUAAAAUCCCUGUGAGGUGGACGGCUCCAGAGGCUUUUCAGCAUCGUAAGUUCAGCUCUGCUAGCGAUGUCUGGAGCUUUGGGAUCCUCAUGUGGGAGGUGAUGUCAUACGGAGAACGGCCAUACUGGGACAUGAGCAACCAGGAGGUGAUGAAGGCCGUAGUUGAUCAGUAUCGUCUGCCCGCUCCUAACGGUUGCCCCUCUGCCCUCCACGCUUUAAUGCUGCAGUGCUGGCAGGCAGACCGGCAGGAUCGUCCCGGAUUCGACUCCCUCCUGUCCUCGCUGGAUCGGCUCAUACGGCACCCGGCCUCCCUUAAGGCUGAGCACGCUCGCCCCACCCAGCCCUUGCUCAGUCCCACCCCCACAGACUUGUCGUCAGUCACGACGGUCAGUGAGUGGCUGUCAGCGCUGAGGAUGGACCGGUACAGGGACGAAUUUGAGAGAGCGCAGCUACACAGCCUGGAGAGAGUGAGCUUACUCACCAUGGAGGAUGUGCAGGCAUUAGGAGUGAACCUCUUAGGCCAUCAGAGGAAGAUAGUGAAUGCAGCGCAGCAGCUCAGGACUCACCUCACUCAGGGACAGGUGGAGGUUUAACACCCUGCCCUUUACCGUGGACACUACCGUGCUCGGACGUUCAGUCCAGAGCCUCAUCCAGCCGACCCUGGAGCACAGCGCACACUCAGAGGAGGAGGAUAAGAUUUUUGUUUUGGAUUAUUUAUUUUGUUCGUUUGCCAACCUGUGCGUUCGUAUUCCCCGUCCCUUAUUACACGCCCCCUGUAGACAAAAGCCAGCAUUUUUCAGCCUAAUCUUUAUCUGCUGCUUCUGAAGUUGUAGUGUCGAUUACAACAGACAGUCAUUUUAACAAGAUUUCCUCGCAGUAGGAGCCACUGGGCAGAUGCUGUGACUAUAUAACACAAAUGUAAAACUAUAGCCAUUCCAUACUCAAGACCGAAAAUGACCAAAACAGCUCUUAUAAAGUUUUAUCCAACUUUUUCAACACUGGAGCAACACAGUAAAGCAGGUCUGGUUACUUUCACUGUUUUUUUUUUCUGGUAUCCAUGGCAACCAGACAGACGCUCUACCACUACCCCGGUGACAAAUUACAAUCAAAUUUUGUACACAUUUACAACUAAACCUAUCAAACAGAGCGGCUUGCUGCCGACCCAUUCUGAGAAAUUUGACCCCUUAAGGCAACUUUAUGUAGGAUUUGGGGAUUUGGAGACCUCUCUGGUAGACACUGCGUGGCACGUGCGAGUGCACUGAAAGACAAUUAGUCUAAAGAUGCGUGUAAAUCAUCUACUAUUGUCAUCAUAUCUUCAUCAGUAGAACUUUGAUUUGGCAUUUGAGACCUAAACAUCGUGCCGGACGUUUUUUUUAGCCUGUCCAUGUGACGUUAAUAUGUAAAGAUGUGCGACGUGGUACGAAAAACUCCCACCAAAUCUGUCCUGACACCUCUGACUUUUCACUAAAUCACUAUUUCAGGCUUCACAGGCGACUCGCAGCGGCGCAGGAACACCCAAUUCUAUUACAUAGCGCUCAAAAUAUUCCAUAGCGCUGCUGGUAAUCUCUCAUUAUUAUCGACCGGUUUAGUUAGAGUAACGAUAAAACAGGCUAAUGUGUGACUUUAUUCCUAUUCAUGCAUUUUCUUGUUUAAACGGGUAGCUUGUGGAACAAAACAAAAAAAUCUAGGAAUUUUUAGCUUCUGAGAGCUCAAAUUCUUUAUAUAGCAAAUGAAUGCAACAACAGAGAUUAAAGAGAAGAGUGGAUUAGACUUAGGAACUGAACACUGGCUUCAAUUAUGAGACGACAGGGUUUUUUCUAAAUACUAGGAAAUGUGCUGACAUUGUUGACCUGCUCCAGACGCAGCAGAUAGAGAUGAGGUUCAGAAUGAUGCUGCUUCUCCUUCUCAUUACUCCCCUCCACAUACACACUUGUUCUACACUCAGUGCAGUUCACUAAGGAUCAGCUAUAAGCUCGGAGGACCAAGGGAGCUCCGCCCACCUUCGAAUGCAACGACAAUCACAGACUUUUUAAAGACGAUGUUUGGCUCUGGCGUCUAUGUCGGCUUUAUUAUCUGUCAGAAGGCCUGUUCUUCUUCUUCACCGAUGCUGGUUAGGUGCAGGUGUCAUCGUCACUGCUCAAAUGUUGGUGCUCCAUUAAUCAGUUUAGCCAUUUUGGCUCCACCCAUCUCCCUGAAGGACCAUCCAGAAAGCAGGCCUCGUGGCUCAAACCCAAUUUUUUGCUCAAAUCCGAUCUCUCUGACUCGAUGGUUCACACUCGUGUAGGUAAGAGACUCAAAUCUGUCGUUAAUGUGAUGCACCAGCCUGAACUGACCCUCAUGAGCUCCUCCUACUCAGCAACGUCACGUGACUGAAUCACCGCAUCAUCAGCACAAACUAACGAGCAGAACGAGCUUCGCUGAGAAGAUCAUUAACUCUG